AUUUAUAACACUUUGAUCUGCGAAAAGAUAAAAGAAAUGACCUGAUUAAGAAUUAAGAUACGAUAUACGGAAAGUUGAAAAGGGAAUUAUGCUCGAAUCUCGAAUGGUGGCUGCAAAAUCCAUGAAAGCGUUGGCUUGUGUGCUUCCAAACUCUCUUUCGCAGCGACAAUGACGGCUUUUCGAUCUCAAUCACUGCCAUAAAUCAUGCGAUUCUCAAUUCUGUCUUUUCACAGAGUUAAUGUUGAUGGAUUCAUGAGAAAUUCAAUUUCGUAGUGAGGAGGAGAUAAAUCGAUGGAUAUAUCGAGUAUUGCUGUCAAUUCUUCUGUAUAUGGGGUUCUCCCAACCAAAACAUCAGAUUGCUUCACUGUUUCAAUUGGAAAGAGGAAGAACAGUAACAACAACAAGUUUUUAUUUGGUUUCUCAAAUCGGUCUUCACUCAAUCUCAAAAUUCAAGCUGUUCAUCUGGACGAGGUGGCUGCUGACAAUCCAAAAUCUUUAACUACUACGAGACUAAAAGAAAUUGAAUGGCCUUCUCCAAGUGACAAAAUCCCAUUCUGGAAAAGGGAAUUCCAGACUUGGGAUUCCAAUUCCGAAGUUCCUGUUAACAUAGAGAAAGACUCUGAUCUUUUGCAUGUUAUUCAUGUAACUGCUGAAAUGGCACCAAUAGCAAAAGUUGGUGGACUUGGUGAUGUAGUAACUGGGCUAUCUCGUGCAUGUUUAUCACGUGGACAUAAAGUUGACAUUAUGCUUCCUUUCUAUGAGUGCAUUCAGAAACAGAAUAUCCAAGAAAUCUCACUAAUGUCUACUUACAAUUCAUAUUAUGAUGGAAACUGGAUUGAAACUAAUGCAUACUCUGGAAUGGUAUCUGGCAUUCCAGUUAUACUUUUGGAACCAAUGAACCAAUUCUUCAAAGGGGAAGAUGUAUAUGGAGGUUCUUACAAUGAGUUGGAAGCUUAUUUGUUUUUCAGUCGAGCUUGCCUUGAAUGGAUGCAGGUAACUGGAACACAACCUGAUGUCAUACAUGUCCAUGAAUGGCAGACAGGUGUACUUCCACUCCUCUAUUGGGACAUUUAUCAUCAUCUUUCACUUCAGAAACCAAGAAUAGUAUUGACAAUCCAUAACAUGGAACAUUAUGGGGAGUGCAGACAAGAGCAGCUUCAAAAGUGUGGUCUUGAUGGAUCUUUAUAUGCAACUAUUGACAAAGCGAUUGAUGAUAGAACCAUUGGCCAUAAUCCUGAGAGGCUAAGUUUAUUGAAAGGUGGCAUUGUAUACAGCAAUUCAGUAGUUACAGUUUCUCCAACUUACCUUAAAGAAACACUGUGUUCUGGAUGGCUUUCAAGUGCUUUGAUGACAAAUCAUGACAAGUACUAUGGUAUUCUUAAUGGGAUUGAUACUGUUAUGUGGAAUCCUGCUUCUGAUGUUUUCUUACCUACCAACUAUCAUGCUCAAAACACUGGUGGAAAGAAAGUAUGCAAAAAAUAUCUCCAAAGGGGAUUUGGUUUGAUUCUAGAAGGGUCUGAAAGAGUGCCUUUAGUUGUUUGUGUUUCUCGAUUAGUUGCUCAAAAAGGUCUUCAUCUCAUUAGACAUGCCAUCAAUCAUAUUCAAGAAACUGGUGGACAAAUGAUUGUUCUUGGAAAAGCUCCAGAUAGUAGGGUUCAAAGAGAAUUUGAAGCUCUAGCUGAUUUGCAUAACAAAGGUUCAACAAUUCGCAUCCUCUUAAUGUAUAGUGAGGAGUUGUCACACAUGCUGUAUGCAGGUGCUGACGUGGUGUUGGUUCCUUCAAUAUAUGAGCCAUGUGGCCUAGCUCAGAUGAUCGGAAUGCGUUAUGGAUCAGUACCAAUAGUAAGAAAAACCGGCGGUCUUGCUGACACUGUUUUUGAUAUGGAUGAUGAGUCACAUCCCGAGAUGGCCAACGGGUUUGUCUUUGAAGGAAUUGAUGAAGGCUCCCUAAGUUGUGCUCUUGAUCGAGCAUUUUCGUAUUACCAAGAAAAACCGAUUGAGUGGGAGAAUAUCGUUCAAAGAGUUAUGCAAAUCGAUAACAGCUGGAACAAAACAGCUGGCAAGUACAUUGAUGUAUACAACUCGAUAAGAGUGAGAUGGUGAAAUGUCAAAAUUGCCCCUAGUUGUCGUUCGCAGUUCUUUUCCGUUGAUAUGUACAUGGCUUCUUUGCGAUGUUCGAUUAUAGUGUACAAAUUUACUAUAUUUAAGGU